UUGAUUUGGCCACGUGUCUCUCCAACAGGGCUACAAAUCUCCCUUCUUGUCACUGACGGGUGUAAAAUCCAGGCAGGUGCCUCCCCUUUCUAAUCACUGACCUGUCUCUAGUCUCCACCUGAGAUUUUACCCCAUUUUCUUUUUAAUUUUUGCAAUGUCAAUUUAAAGUCUUCUCAGACCGUGGGCAGUUUUAACAGGCAAAUCCUUGCUGAUCUUAAACACAAAAAAGAAGCCUAGAAGAAGUGGGAGCUCCAGGUCAGGCAGCCCCAGAUACCGCCUGCUCUCCCGAGCUGCGAGGCACCUGCACACCCUUGCUGUGCACCCCCCCCUCCCCAUUGCCAGGAAGUUUUCCUGCUCCUACCACCCUCAGGUACCCUCUUGAGUUUGAAGCAACUCCCCAAGGGGCUCCCUGCUGUCCAUGUGACUGGCAGUGGUGGAAAAAUAAACUUGUCUGUUUAUUGCAGUGCCUCUCAAACUUUUUUACUGGUGACCCCUUUCAUACAGCAAGCCUCGGAGUUUGACCCUCCUUAUAAAUUAAAAACACUUUUUUGUAUAUUUAACACCAUUAUAAAUGCUGCAGGCGAAGCAGGGUUUAGGGGGGAGGCUGGCAGCUUGUGGACCCCCCCAUGUAAUAACCUCGCAACCCCCUGAGGAGCACUGACACCCCAGUUUGAGAACCCCUGGUUUAUUGAAAUUCUGUAUACAGUGCUGUCAAAUUGUCCCAAUGUUCUCACAUAUUUAAUAUCGAUAUAAAAUCCCUUUAGAUCUUCAUUGUUUUCUAGCAUAUUACCAAAUAUUUCUUUUUUCCCAUUGCCUCCACAAUUCUUGGAGAUUAAUAUAAAUCUCCUGUGUGCAUUGCUGUAGUAGCCAUGGUGGUCCCAGUAUAUUGGAGGUUGUCCCUUUGAUUUAUAUACAAAUGUUUGGUGUUAUUCUCCAUCCUGUUCCUUAUGAAUCCUAAUGUGUUAGCUGUUUUUGGCAGCAGCUGUGCGUUGAGUGGAAUUCUUUUAUUGAGAUUAAUUUUUUUAAUCUCUUGACAGCCCUAAUAUUUAUAGAACCCUUAUCUUAUUGUCUUAUGUCACUUGCUUGGCGUAACUCAUUUUGUGACUUAAUCUUUCUGAUUUUGUCCCCACAUGCUUGUGCUAUUCUUUUGUACUCAACCAUAGCUAUUUAUCUGUGAUUUCUCUUGUUUAGGAUUCCUUUUUAUUUUCUGGUCAUUAAAGAGCUCCUGAUAGAAAGACUAGUAAGCAGGCAAUACUGCUGUCUUUCCUUCACAUUGUGAUAAUUUGCCAUUGCUUCUUUAAUAUUGUCUCAGAGAAACUGCCAGCUGUCCUAGAGUCUAAUUUUCACCCCAGAUUUUAUUCCCAUGGGACCUCACCUACCAUUUUCCAAGAGUGUUGAAGUCUGCCUUUUUGAAGUCUGUCUUUAUUUUGCUACUCCUAGAAUUUUUGUUACUCCUAGUAUCAUGAAAUUUAUCAUGUCUGAUCACUUUUGCCCAUAUUGCUUUCCACCUUCUGUUUCCUAACUAAUUCCUUGUUAGUCAGAAUCAGGUGUUAAAUGGCCAUCCUCCACUUACUGCUUCCAUCUUCUGAAAGAAACAGUUGUCCUCAGUACAUUGCAAUAACUUAUUAGAUACUUUAUGUAUGGUUGAAUUAUUUUUCUAACACAUGCUUCCCUGGCCCCCCAUUACUAACUGUCUUUUGAAUUUUUCUGUUAUUUGCCUGGGUCUAGGACAUCAGUGUGCAGCGAAAGAGCUUGGGGGCAUUGUGAUGUGAAAUUAUUUCCUGUUCUGACAUGUCUUCUAUCACCCUUUUUCCCGUAAUAGGCUGCAGCGUAACAUUCAUGUUUUGCUCCAGAUCAUUCCAUCCUACCAGGGAAGGGAAAUGACUGCAGUGGAGCCAGUUGAGGGACCAGUGACCUUCGAGGAGGUGGCUGUGUAUUUCACCAAGGAAGAGUGGGCUCUGCUGGAUCCCGCUCAGAGAGCCCUCUACAGAGACGUUAUGCAGGAGAACUAUGAGAAUGUGACCUCGCUGGGGUUUCCAGUUUUCAAACCUGAUGUCAUCUCCCAACUGGAACGAGGGGAAGAGUCGUGGGCCUCAGAUCUCCAGGGCUCAGAGAAAAGAGAGAUCCUGAGAGGCAUCUGCACAGCAGGUGUUGGGAUGAUGAGUGAGACCACGAAGCAGACUCCUCAGCAGGAAGAGGGUGAGCAAGUGGAACCACCUGGGGCGUUAUGGCAAAGAUGCAAAGGGAGUGUGACCAGGGGUUGUGAGCAGGAAAAAGCCUGUGAGAGUCAGCACAUUCCAGAGAAAUGGCAGGGAAACCAGCCAAUGCAGAAAUCUGGUAAAUCUGUUAAUUAUCAGGGAACUCACAAAGGCCUCAAGGAAACCACAGACCAGCAGAGAAUCCCCGUGGGAGAGAGAAGUAACACGUGCGCUGAGUGUGGGGAAAAGUUCAGUAGGCACUCAUGCCUUAUUAGCCAUCGGAGAAUCCAUACUCGAGAGCAACCCUAUGAAUGCGGUGAGUGUGGGAAAACCUUCACGCGGAGCUCAAACCUCAUUGCGCAUCAGAGAAUCCACACGGGGGAGAAACCCUAUGAAUGCUGUGAAUGCGGGAAAACCUUCACUCUUAGCUCAACCCUCAUUGCACAUCAGAGAAUCCAUACAAGGGAGAAACCCUAUGAAUGCUGUGAGUGCGGAAAAACCUUCACUCAGCGCUCAAACCUUAUUACACAUAAGAGGAUCCACACAGGGGAGAAACCCUAUGAAUGUUGUGAAUGCAAGAAAACCUUCACUCAAAGGGCAUCUCUUAUUAGCCAUCAGAGAAUCCAUAGUGGGGAAAAACCCUAUGAAUGCUGGGAGUGUGGGAAAGCCUUCAUUGUGAUCUCAAAUCUUAUUAAACAUCAGAAAAACCACACAGGGGAGAAACCCUACAAAUGCUGGGAGUGCGGGAAAACCUUUGCUUGGAGCUCAAACCUUAGUUCGCAUCAGAGAAUCCAUACAGAAGAGAAACCGUAUAAAUGCAGUGAAUGCGGGAAAACCUUCACUCAGAUCUCCCACCUUAUUACACAUCAGAGGAUCCAUACAGGGGAGAAACCCUAUGAAUGCCGUGAGUGCGGGAAGACCUUCACUCGGAAUUCAAUCCUUAUUAUACACCACAGAAUCCAUACAGGAGAGAAACCCUACGAGUGCUGUGAGUGUGGGAAAACCUUCACGCAGAGCUCAACCCUUAUUACACAUCAGAGAAUCCACACAAGACAGAAACCCUAGGAAUGCUGUGAGUCGAGGAAAACUUUUGCUCAUGGCUCACACCUUAGUGGAUGUCAAAGGACCCACAAAAGAGAGAUCCUAUGAAUUCUCUGAGUGUGGGAAAUUUUGUCAGAGUUCAGCCCUUUUUUUAUUAUCAGAAAAGCUGUAAGGGAAAUAAAUACCAUAAACCUCAAUUAGGGCUGAAAAAAGAUUUUGUUUUUCUUUUGCUAAUUCCCACAUAAUGAACUUCAAGGCAGCAUUUAUGUCAUUGUGGUCUCUCAGCUCCCCCAGCUGAGUUGUUUGCUUUUCCCUUUUGCACUCACCCUUCCUUGGGGUGAAUCUCACAAUUUUUUCUUUUUCACCAACUCCUUUGUCCUAUGUCAUGGAAAUGUAUGUCCCUCCAACAGGAAUGUCCAUCAGCCCCAGGUGCGGGAACUGAGAGUCACUUCAACUAGGUACAUGGAAGUUAAAUCUACCUGGGCCUUGACUGCACUAGGAUAUUCCAUGGAGUGAGUUAGCUCGAAUUAGCUGUCCUGAUGAAAGAAUAGUUGUGUUUUUACAGUAAAGGAAAUAGCCCAUGUAUAGUGGCCAGGGAAAUUUAGCAAAUUUCCUCAAGACCUGACAUAACCUCCAUCACUUCUAGUCUAAACAAAUUUGGAGCAUCAUAUUCAUACUUUUCCUCCCACUGCAAAGUGAUUGUUAGUCGCCAGGUUCCCUCACUAGGGACAAAUUGUGUCAUUCCCAGUUGUUCUUACAAUGCACUGGGUUGUGCUGAAUCACUGUGUUUUGUAUCAUUUUUCUUAUUUUAAAUAUAACAAAGAGAAGGAGCAGGAUUAGGGAUAGGAAAAUAUGUUUUUUCAACUCCUAUGACACCUGAAGUGGUGAGUUGGAAGCAUUCCUGUGGUCAGAAUUAGCUCAGCAGUAUUUCCUUAUCUGAGUCAUAUAGAAUUUAUCUUCUACACAUUCUACAACUCUGCCUCUCAAUGUGUCAUAUGAUUCAGUGUUCUCAGUCCUCUGCUUUGGAAUCACACUUUGUUUUCUUUGAUCUUAAAACCUAGUAAUUUAUGGCCUGAGAUGAAAUUGGCAGAGACCUGGAAUGGGAAUUUUACUGGAUCUCAAACACAGUGCCCUCAUUUGGAGUUUAAAUCCCAGUUUCCAACUUUUAGCAAAGGAGAUGGGAUUGUUUGCAGAUGGGAAGGUUAGCAGGGUUUUUAUCUUGUUCUGUUUCCUUCUUUUUCAUUACAGUGCUUCUAGAUGUUUUGUAAAUAAUACAACUCAUCACUAAUGAGUGAAGCAGAUUUAAGUGGAUCAGAGGAGAAUUCACUGAGAGAAUCUCUUGUCUUGGUUCUGAGUCCACACAUUUAACCUGCUCUGGAAUUUCUAGUUUUAUAAAACUGGAUGUAUCUUAUAUCUUUCCGUGAUGUGAGGUUUUCCUCUUUCUUGAGGGCCAUUUGGUCACAAAACGGGAUAUUAGUUUGAUUUGUCAACCUGUCACUCUGAUUUAUUGGGGACUUUGAGAAAAUGACCAUUUUAGCAAGUAGUCAUUUCUUACUUUAUUUUUGUUUUUUCCUUGCCCCCCUCCAUGAUGACAUGGAGAAACUUCAAGUGCAGUUCAGUCAACAGAAGAGAAUACUCCGAGUUAUUGGACAUAUCACCAACUGGUUUUAAAUCUCCAGUCUGAAAUAGUGAGCAGCAGCAUGCCCCAAAUAAUGCAACUAACAGAAGUAACUGGAUACAGUCACAGUGCUGUUCAGUUCUUUAGAUCAAUAUUGUCUCAGAUGAUCUGGAAAGAGAAUUCCACAGUAAGUGAUUAGGAACUAGGCAAAAGGCUCGUAUAUGUGUUUCCCAAGGCAGUUGUGAUGCAGGGUCUUGUGACAGACUUGUUCACACCCUGAACACUAUUACAGUAAUUUUUGUAUAAGGCUUGUCUUGUCAGGUACCAUUUAAAAAUUCAUAAUUUGCUGAUCAAUAGUAUGGAAAAGUACACAUAGCAGCACUGUAUGUAAUGUAAUAAACACAAGCUGAAAUCAUGGCUAAACGUAUGUAUGGCAGAUAAAUCUGAGGAAUGGCCAAAAGCAAUUCCUCAGAGACCAAAUGCCACCUCAGCCAAGUGUAAACAAAACUGAUGGACCAUUCCCUGCUAAGUGGCAGGAAAGGGGGAAAGAGCAAAAAAAAUCUGCAUUUUAGGCCUUGUCCACACUAGAGUUUCUGUCAACAAAAUUGUGCCACUUUAAUUAAACUGCUGUUGUAUGUUCACACUAUACUUCUUGUGUUGGCAGAGCGCAUCCACACUAGCAGGUCUUGCACUGACACAGAAAGCAGUGCACUGUGCAACAGGACACAGGCUGCUUUGAGAAGGGCUUGCAAUGCCUUAUGGAGCAGGUACAGUGUCACAUGAUGCAGGUUUCUCAAUCCCAUUGUUCCAUGGGCAUCCUACUAGAUUGCCAGCUGUUUUUCAAUGGAAGUGUGGGGUGGGGCGGGGGGGAGUGUGUGACAGGGAGUGUGUGUGUGGGGGGGGGCAGAAACAAAGACAGUGUGUGUCUUGAGGGAGAGUGAGUAUGUCGGCAUUCUGGCUCUUUAAGUUCAGACAGUAGCCAGAAGCAACCAGUCCUGAGGUAGGCCGCCACACACACACUCACACACACGCGCUCGCUCUGCACAGCAGAGCAGUCCCACUCACAGCAGCAGCCUACCUGCCAUUGUGUUCCUAGUGCAGGGAGAGCAGGAGGAUUCCAUGUUAAUGAUUUGCUCUUUGCUGCCAGAAUGGAGCAGCAUGCUCAGCUGUCAGAACUUCCUAGAGCUUUGAAAGGGGAGGGGCACGUGCCUGAAGGGCAGCCAAAUUCAAAACAGUGAGCAGAGUGGUCACAGCAGGCAUUCUGGGAUACUGGGGGAUGCCAGUGAUGGCGACAUAAUGAAUUGCAGCAUCUAUACUGAUGCUUCGUCACUUUAACUUUGCAGAAAAAAGCUCUGUCUCUCUCAUCUAAGUGGUUUUGUUUUGUCGGCAAAAGUAACAUUGCAGCGUGUGCACCUCCACUGUUUUGUCAGCAGGAGAGGGCUGGGCAGCACAGGAUAUACAUUUCUGGGGGAAAUUGGAAUGGGCAUGUGUUGGGGUUAUGCCCUGAAGUAUAACCAAGGUUGAGUGUAACACAAGUGUGGCUGGCAGGCUGCAGUUACACACAGACACUCAGGGUGUGUCUUGCACACUCGAAAAUAUCCCAACAGUAACCACACUUUCACCCUCUGUACGUGGGCCAUUCUACACCCCAGGGGAGUGCCCUGUAGCUCCAUAUUCAUCAUUUGUCUAUAACUGUGAUAUUGCAUAUAAAGCAGGCCAUGUUAGGUAUCGUAGGAAAGGUUAUGAUCUGCUGAACCCCCCUGUUCCAUUUAAAGAUAUCAUUAAUGCAUAUAAUGUUAUGAGAAUUGUGCUGUAUGAUUGUCACUAAAAUAUACUGUGUGUUUGGGAAGCGCCUAGAUACUAGCUCCCGAAAAGACAGUAACCAGGGAGCUAACCAGUGCCUGGGCGGGUGUCAAACCACCAUCAUCCAGCAAGGGAGCUACAGUGCAAUGACUCACAUGCACAAGGCCACACCAACGGAAUUACUCAGUCUUGCCUGGUGAGUCAACAGUGCCCACCAGACAUGCCUGGACUCAUGUCCAAGCACGUGGGCCUAAGGGUAUAAAACAGAACACAGUGGUACAUGCUUGGCCUUUCUCCUGGCCCCACCUAUGCUGCAAGCAACAAGGAUGCUUAGAAGACUGAAGACUCCAAAAGAGGAGACUGGCCCAGGCUUCAAGGGUGAAAUCUGUGUACUAUGAACUGCAAUAUGCAGUGGGGUGAGAAAAACUGCUUAAUGUAGAUGUUGCCCAGGCUAAUAGGGUUGAGAGUUUAGAAUGAGUGCUGCUUUUCUUUUCUUUUGGUAACCACUCAGACUUUUUGCCUAUUACUUAUAAUCACUUAAAAUCUCUCUUUUGUAGUCAAUAAACUUGUUUAACUGUUUAGCUUUA